AUGUCUCGCUCAGAGGAGGUCAACAAGGUGACGGAAAGUAUAUACAAGGGGAUCCUGGAUCAGUUUAACCCCGGACUGAAACAUUUUGUUGCAAUGGGGAAGCAUUAUGAGAGAUCCCUGACAGGAGUUAUGGUUGCAGCCAAGGGCUACUUUGACGCCAUGGUGAAACUGGGAGAAUUGGCCAGUGACAGCCAGGGGUCCAAAGAGCUGGGCAACACAUUAUUUCAAAUGGCGGAAAUCCACAGGCAGAUUCAAGUAGAACUGGAGGAAGUGCUGAAUGUGUUCCAUUCUGAACUCAUCUCCCAGCUGGAGCAGAAAUUGGACCUGGACAACAAAUUCCUGACAGCUUCCCUGAAGAAGUACCAGGCGGAGCGCAAGACAAGGACGGACUCCAUCGAGCACUGCCAGACUCAGCUGAAGAAGCUGAGGCGAAAGAGCCAGGCCAGCCGCCACCCCAACAAAUACAGCGACCGAGAGAUGCAGUUUGUGGAGCUGAUGAGCCGCCACCAGGGGGAGCUUGAUGCCCUGGUGGCGGUGGCCUUCCGCUCGGCUCUGACGGAGGAGAGGAGGAGGUACUGCUUCCUGGUGGACCGGCACUGCGCAGCCACCAAGCUCUUCAUCAACUACCACGGAAAGGUGAGGGAGCUGUUGUCCCAGAAGCUGUGCUCAUGGCAGCAGUCCUGCUCACAGCCCACGCGCCUCCCAGAACGAGCCUUGAACAUCCUCCGCCACACGGCCCCUCAGUGCGCCGGGGCUGCUGGGAUAGCCGAGCUCCUCCGACAGGCCAAACUGGGCGCAGGGCAGCCAUUGGAGCAGAGGCUGUCAGUCCAAGAAGUCCAGCCUCUGCUUAAUGGUGACCCCAACCCUCGUACGCAACGUGCCCCUCCUUCUUCCCAAAGUGCAUCUGCCUCUAAAGCUCACACACCAGUAACUCAGGAGUCCUACAGCAGUCCUCCACCUUCCCACAAUCCCCUGCUGUUGAAAGCAGCUGAGCUCUAUGUUACCUCCACCUUGCCUCUGUCCAGGAGAACUGUCAGCGAGUCACGCAUGGCAUUUCUGGGAGGAACCCUGCCGAGAGUACUUCCUGUUGCCCCGCCCACCCGAGUGGAGGCCCUCUUUCCGCACGUCCCCGGAGGGGGCGAAGGGGGAGGAGCUGGGGGCACCUGCCUCCUGCACUUCCUCCCCGGGGACACUCUUACUCUCCUCAUCUCUGAGCCUAAAGAUGGAUGGCACUAUGGACAGAAUGAGAGGACCGGACGAAAAGGCUGGUUCCCUAUCUCCUACACGCAGACCUGCGCUAUGUCUCCAGAGCCCCUUGGAAACAGCUCUCCCCUGCUCUCCAAGGGCAACAGCGCCAGCACCAGCUACUUGGACAAGAUGACCUGCCCCGGAGCGCAGCACCUUAGUGCAGAGACGGGGGAGGGAUGCUCCGCCCCGCCCUCUCGAGUGAACACUUUCCGCCGUCGCCCUAACAGUCUGGCCAGCCCUGAUACCACCCAGUGUCCCCAGCUCACAGCAGGAGGUUCUUCCCCUCCUUCCUCCCCAAACAGGACCAAUCCAUUCGGCCACAUUCGCCUCCGCAAGGCGGUGACCAAUGACCGCUCUGCCCCUCUCAUCCAAUAA